AUGACAAUGAAUAUGCAAAAUAGUAACAACGAACAUAUGAUAACAUUAUCAACAAACAAACAUGAUGAAAUAAAGACUCCUCAUUAUCGUUUGUUUGUACCAGAUGCUGAACUUCUUUCAAUACCUGAUGAAGAAGAUGAAGCUAAUAUAGAUGAAACAACAGAAUAUGAAAAACAAGAAAAUAUAUUACCAAUACUAUCACUACCUAUUUUAACUAUUGAUACAUCAAUACCUAUUCGACCAGGAUCACAUUUUUCACAAACUACUACAUCAAGUUCAACGAAAAAGUCUCAUUCUCGUUCAUAUAAAUUUGUUCAAUUAGAACAAGCUCUUAUAUCAGCAAAUCUUUUAGAGAAUUAUCUAGAUCAAAUUAAAUUUAAUCAUGAUUAUCGUGAAUCAUUACGUAAAAAUAAAUUUGAAGAAUUUUUAAAAAUAUAUUAUAAAAAACUUCAAGAUCAUAAUGAAAAAAUUAGACAAGAAUAUCAGAGAAAAAUAUCACGAACAUUUACUUUUGUUGAUUUAGAAAAAAAUUUUCUUUCACGUGAUCCAGCACGUGAUAUUAAAAUUGUAUUUAUUGAUGAUCCAAUAACACCUUCAACACAAAAACUAACAGAUAUUCAUCCAAAUUCAUCAUUACCAAUUCAAUCUAAUGAUGCUGUUAUUGAAACAUUUUAUGAAAAUCGACUUGAUUAUCUUCUUCGAAAUCCAUCUGAAGCUCGUGAUGAAAUAACUUUAUUUGCUCGUCGAGUUGGUGAACUUCUUCAUGAACGUUUACCACGUUUAUCUCGUGUUCCACAUCGAGUUGAUAUUGUUGAUCAACGUGAAUCAAAGGGAAAUAUUGAUCAACGUACAUUAUUACAAAUGAAACAUAAACAUAAAUUAGCAUUAAUAGCACAACAUCGUGAAUUAGUAAAGAAAAUGAUGACACAAACAAGAAAAAAUCAAAUUAAAAUGGAAAAAUUAUACAUAAAAAAUCCAUUAAAAUUGAAUAAUUCAUCUUGUGUUCGAGAAUUAUUAGAACAAACAACUAUAGAAGAACAAUUAAAACGUCCUCAUACAACAAAAAACUAA